CCGCGCGCGGGCCCGUGGGGUCAGUCGGAGCGCGGCGCCGAGCGGAGCGGAGCGGAGCGGAGGAGGGUACAGCCGGGGCACAGCCGAGCACCAGCGCCAGCAGCGCCGACAGCCACCGCAGCCGCACCGGAGCGAGCGCACGAUGAUAAACACCCAGGACAGUAGUAUUUUACCUUUGAGUAACUGUCCCCAGCUGCAGUGCUGCAGGCACAUCGUUCCAGGGCCUCUGUGGUGCUCCGAUGCCCCUCACCCACUGUCGAAGAUCCCCGGUGGGCGAGGGGGUGGCAGGGAUCCUUCUCUUUCAGCUCUGAUAUAUAAGGAUGAGAAGAUCACUGUUAGCCAAGAUGUCCCAGUGCAUGAAGGGAAGCCUCACAUUGUCCACUUCCAGUACAAGGUCACAGAGGUGAAGACCUCCUCCUGGGAUGCAGUGCUCUCAAACCAGAGCCUCUUUGUGGAAAUCCCUGAUGGAUUAUUAGCUGAUGGAAGCAAAGAAGGGUUGUCAGCACUGCUGGAGUUUGCUGAAGAAAAAAUGAAAGUCAACUAUGUCUUCAUCUGCUUCAGAAAAAGCAGAGAAGAUCGAGCUCCACUCCUGAAGACAUUCAGCUUCUUGGGCUUUGAGAUCGUGCGGCCUGGCCAUCCCGCUGUCCCAUCGCGGCCCGACGUGAUGUUCAUGGUGUACCCCCUGGAUCAGAGCUCUUCCUCCGAUGAAGAAUAGCUGCAGAGGGAAAUCCAGUGGGACCCUAACAUGCUGUGGAGGGGAGAGAGGACCACCUCCUUUCCUGAGGAGAGGGAAGCAGAGCUUCUGUUGGACUGCAAGCGCAUUUCUCAUUGUUAGAUUGGGCUGUGUAUCCCCAGAGUUGACUCUCAUUGAAACAUGUUGCCUAGAGAACUAUCUAUCACACAUGUAAUCAUCACUAGGAAAAGGAAGAUGUUUAUGAACUGGCAUAGGAGCUCUUCCCGUGCAGCUGCAUGGUGUGGGAGCCCCGGGGUCGGUACCAGCUUUGGGACUCCUCCGAACCCCACUGGUGCCUCCUGCCUGCCCAGCGUGGGCUCAGCUGGGACACGACCCCUUCAUGUCCCACUCAAGACCUUACAAACAGCCUGCCUUGGUGUGGGGCACGUGCAGGAGACGCUCAAGUUUAUCCUUUAACACUACAUUAAACCCCCCAUACAUCUCCACUCCAAUGCUGGUUUAACUGGUCUAACCUUUUUUUUCACCCUUUUUUUUUGAAAUUUCUUGCUCUUCCAGCUUUUGUUUUAUGCAGUCUUAACCCUGUUCCAUGUUCCCACUACACUAUCACAGCAUUCAAUAAAAGGGGCAUUCAGAUGAACUUCA